GUGAGUGAAAGCCAUUCCCCCGCCCGUGCCAUUGUUUUCUGCGAGCUGAGCGUCGUUUUGACUUUCCAUCCGCACAUUUUCUUAACUUCAGAGUUUUAUGCUGUUGAUACUCGUUGGAUUUAAUUGAGUUGACGUGAUCCACAGAGGUUACUUCAACUGAGUAUAUACGCUGUCCUACCAUCCCGUCCAAAGCCGAAGCGAAGCAAAUUGCGGCAAGCAUUAUCGCAUUUACGAGAAAAUAUGGCAGAGGCUCCAGCUGCGGCUCCAGUGCAAGCAGAUGCGCCUCUGGAAAUUGACUCCGAGAGCGAUGAUCUUGAGAGCAUCGAAAGUGAUUUGACGUCGCUAUCCUCAUCUGUCUUUAAUUAUGUAUAUGAAAAUGGCCGUACUUAUCACGCAUAUAGGUCAGGCUCUUAUAUGCUGCCCAACGAUGAUAAAGAACAGGACAGGCUAGACCUGCUCAACCAUGUUUUUCGUCUAUGCCUUGAUGGCGAUUUGUGCUAUUCUCAAAAGCAACUCGAGAACCCUCAAAAGAUCCUCGAUGUUGGCACGGGAACUGGUAUUUGGGCGAUAGAGAUGGCCGAUACCUAUCCAUCUGCAGAGGUGGUUGGAAUUGAUUUGUCUCCUAUACAGCCAAAGUGGGUACCUGUCAAUGUGAAAUUCAUCAUCGACGACAUCACCCAGCCAUGGGACUUUCCAGUCAACUCAUUUGAUUUCAUACAUGUGCGCUGCCUGGCUGGCAGUAUAACAAAUUGGCCGGAAUUCUUGGAGCAUGCUUAUAGACACCUUAAACCAGGAGGAAGAAUUGAACUUUCCGAGGGUCGUACUCACAUGGAAUGUGACGACGGCACUUAUCCCGAAACAUCAUAUACGUACAAAUGGAUUGCUGAGUUCAACCGAAUUUCCCAUUCACUCGGCAGAGUAUUCGAUUUAUUCCCCGAGUUCUCGGGUCUUUUGGAGAAAGCAGGCUUCACUGAUGUGCGAGCACAUGAAGAAAUCUGUCCUAUUGGAACAUGGCCGAAGAACCCUCGAUUGAAAGAAAUCGGUCGUUACUUCCGUGUCCAAUUCAUCGAAGGCGCAGUCGAUAGUUACUCGUUGGCCCUGUUCACUCGAUAUGGAGGUUGGUCGACCAUGGAGGUGGAAGUUCUGCUAGCACAUGUCCGGCAGGAAAUCAAGUCCAACAAGAUGCAUGUCUACACUCAUUGCUCUUUUGCGACUGCAAUGAAACCCCUUGAAUGAACCCGAAGUCCUACACGUACAUAGAUACCCUGGGUAUGAGAUUUUGUACCAUGUUCUCAUAUCCCAGUAGUACUCUUUUCAUCUAUCAGCGAAUCUAUUGUUGCAUCUGUAGCAUGCCCUUUCCUUUAAGCCACGUUAUGCAAUCUUAAUAGUUUUGC